AUGUCUACGACCUCUUCUAAUGAUCCCACUACUACCUACCAGAGCUCGGCCUCGACGAGCACGAAUCCCGUCCAGGACAACGAUGGCCUCACCUCGUCCGCGUCCUUAUAUUUGUACACCUUUCUCGCGACGCUCAUCCUGCUGCUGUCCGUAUCCGGGGCGAUCGUGGUGCGCUCGUACCUGAUGCGGCGGCGGCAGCGGAUAAUGAUCGAAGAGGCGAUACGGAACGGGACGUACAUCCCGCCAGCGCGAUAUCCGCGGCCGCUCGGGGCGAAGCCGGUGCUGCACGACGUGUACCUGCGUUUCGACACCGCUACGGACGAGAAGGGCGGCGCGGCGGGCUCGAGCUACGGCGGGCGGAGCUGGUGGCAGUGGAUGAUGCCCGUUGCAGCGACAUUGUGGAGCACCGGUGCUCCGUCGCUGCAAACCAAACCGGAACGCGCCCCAAUGAUGGGGCCCCUGCCGUGGUACCUCCAUUCGCCGUGGCGCCGACAUCGUCUACAGUCGCAGACAUCGCUGCCGAGGGUCUCGUCAGCGAUCGCGCUGCAGUCUCCUGCCGAGCUCUCGAGUGAGGAGACGGUGAACCUGACGGUGCUGAUCGCGAUGCCCGCGCCGCACCAGGUGUCCGAUAAACUAGAUGAGGGCACGCUUCCGCACAUCGAGUUCGGCAUUGCACAGGUGCCACUGAAGAAGAGGGACGGCGCGUCGUCGUGA